AUGGAUCCAAACCAAAAGGAGGUAGAGAAGACAGAUGGGGAUCAAAACAUACCCAAUAUUGUGGAUGUGGAAACAGUUACAGAAUCGCUAGGUGCAGUGGUUUUAUCUGUAGGAACGACUGGUCAGCAGGAUAUCCAUAUUCAUGUUGGUGUUCAGAAGUGCAAGUGGACUAGGAGGGAAAACACUAAGAAUAUGAAGUUGGAGACAAGCAAGAUUGUUAAACCGAAAUUCACCAAGAGACAACUUGUGGAUGUAAUGAUAACAGAAGGACCAAUUGAAGGAUGUGCAACAGGUGAUAAGAAAAGGAAACAAUUGGUCAAUGAGAUUGAAGGUCACACAAAGCAAUCAGAGGUGGUGUUGAAGGACCAACACCGCCUAUCCAAAUGA